GAAAGUAUCUCGACUUCCGGUCGUGAUAUAGGAAGAAGUCCGAAUGUAAAUAGUGAAUGUGUUUGACGUAAAGUGUGGGGAAGUAAAUAGCCGACUGCACUAUUACUUUAAUCACUCUUAAACGUGUAUGAAAGGGAAUCAAAGGGCACACCAUGCCUAGCUCCCUCCUGUGGGCAGUGGACGUGUACGGGAGGGUGUACAGCCUGUCAACCGCGGGUCAGCAGUGGGAGCAGUGCAAGGAUGCGCAUCUGGAGUUCAAGCGCGUCACGGCCGUGCAGCAGUGCUGCUGGGGCAUUGCCUGCGACCACCAGAUCUACCUGAACGUCCACGCCAGCGACGUGCCCAUUCGCUACCAGGAGGAGACCUACGAGAACCAGCGCUGGAACCCUGUGGAUGGAUUCUCCGACCGACUGUUGCCGAGCGACCGCUGGCAGUGGAGUGACAUGACGGGACUGAAGCACCAGGCCUUUGACAGCUUCCUUUUGCCCUCGGAGAACUGGGAGUGGGAGGCAGACUGGUAUGUGGAUGAGAACUUUGGAGGAGACCCCACUGAGAAAGGGGGCUGGACAUAUGCAAUCGACUUCCCUGCCUAUUACACCAAAGACAAGAAGUGGAACUCCUGUGUCCGUCGCAGGCGAUGGAUUCGGUACAGGAGGUACAAGGCACGGGACUCCUGGGCCAAGAUCCCCUCAGAGGAAGCCAGACCACUGCCAGAUCCCUUCAAUGACAUCAGCUGUGGAGGCUGGGAGAUCAGUGAUGAGCCGCAGGGCAGGCUGUCCCUAUGGGCUGUGUCACUGCAGGGGAAGGUGUGGUUCAGAGACGGUAUUCACCACCAGAACCCGGAGGGCUCGGGCUGGGAGGAGGUGCAGGUCCCGGGGGAGGUGGUGCAGAUCAGCUGUGGGCCCGGGGAUCUGGUGUGGGCUGUGCUCUGGGAGGGGCAGCUGCUGGUCAGGGAGGGCAUCGGCAGGGACUGCCCCAAAGGGUCCUCCUGGGUGGUGGUGGAGUCUCCGAGCUCUGAGGUCGGUGCCAUCCAUGUGGCUGUGGGCAUCAACGUGGUGUGGGCGGUCACCAAGGACCACAAAGUGUGGUUCAGGCGGGGCAUAAACUCCCAUAAUCCUUGUGGCUCCGGCUGGAUUGGCAUGGUGGGGGAGAUGGUCAUGAUCAACGUGGGGCUCAACGAUCAGGUCUGGGGGAUCAGCCGCGAGGAUCGGGCGGUGUAUUUCCGGCAGGGCGUGACGGCCAGCGAGCUGAGCGGGAAGGCCUGGAGGGCGGUGUCCGUGCCCCGAGACGGAGACCGCUCCCAUUCCAGCGCCAGCACCAGCAGCCUGCCCAGUGCUGGCUGUUUCUUCAGCGGGGAGGUGAGAGUGCAGUCUCAGGGCUCAGUGCUGAGUGACGGGGACCCGGAAGCAGAGAAGGUGGUGGAUGGCGGUCCCACCUCCCCCAAGCCGGAGGAUCCCCCCAAACCGCGCAUCCCCAAGGUGACCAGCGACAGUUUCAUUUCCGAGCUGGUGUCCGACCGCGAGAGCCAGCUGGGCAGGCGCGACGGAGCCGCCACCGUGGCCUCCAUCCAGGAGGAGGAGCAGGGAGGGGAGCAGGAGGGCACAGCUCCCCCGGCCCUGGUGCUGUCGCCCAGCCAGCCUGCCGCCCAGGGCCCCCAGUGGAGCAACGUGGACCUGGAGGAGGCGCAGACCCACCUGGCCGUGGGCCCGGCCUCCGACACGGCCGAGACCGCCAGCCUGUCCUCUGUGGCCACCUACAACCUGGGGCUGGAGGACCCGUACGGCUCGGACGAGCACCCGCUCUGGGCCUGGGUCAGCGGCGGCGGCUGCACCGUGGACUCCCACUCACAGCUCAACUGGUUCAUCACCGCAGGUAUUUCCUCGUCUGCGCAGUCCAUGUCUCUGUCCAUCACUCCUGCGCAGACAGCCGCCUGGCGCAAGCAGAUAUUCGAGCAGCUCAGCGAGAGGUCUAAGAGGGAGAUGGAGAACUUCAGGCACUAUGAGCAAGCCAUCGAGCAGUCGGUGUGGGUGAAGAAGGGCACCAUGCAGUGGUGGAGAGACUGGAAACCGCACAAGUGGGUGGACGUUCGCUUUGCGCUGGAGCAGUUCUCUGGCACCGAUGGCAACAAAGAUGGCAUCCUCUUCAUCUACUACACUUUCAAUGAGGAGAAGAAGUACCUCCAUGCGUUUGUCAAUGAGGUGACCAUCCUGGUUCCAGUGCUCAAUGACACUAAGCACACCUUCGCCAUCUAUACCGCCGAGAGGACUAAGCAGAGGUGGCCGAUCCGCCUGGCAGCUCCGACAGAGCUGGAGAUGCACGACUGGCUGGCCCUGCUCAGCGUAUCCUGCUGUGACUCCAGAGGGAUUCAGGGCCCCCCCUCCAAACAGGCCAUCUGGUCUGUCACCUGCAAAGGGGACAUCUUCGUCAGCGAGCCCUCGCCCAGCCUGGAGGCCUCGCCGUACCCCAUGCCCUGCGACCAGAUGUUCUGGCGGCAGAUCGGGGGCCACCUGCGCACCGUGGAGUGUAACAGCCUGGGCGUGGUGUGGGGGAUCGGGUACGACCACACGGCAUGGGCCUACACCGGGGGCUACGGAGGAGGCUUCUUCCAGGGGCUGGCCAGCAGCACAGACAACAUCUACACACAGACCGAUGUGAAGAGCGUCUAUAUCUAUGAGAAUCAGCGCUGGAAUCCAGUCACAGGAUACACCAACAGAGGCCUGCCCACUGACCGCUACAUGUGGAGCGAUGCCUCGGGCCUGCAGGAGUGCACUAAAACCAACACAAAGCCACCCUCGCCACACUGGACCUGGGUGUCGGACUGGACUAUUGACUACAGUGUCUCUGGAGGGACAGACAGAGAAGGCUGGCAGUAUGCUGGUGACUUCCCAGCGACUUAUCACGGCAAUAAGACCUUGAAGGACUUUGUGCGACGCAGGCGCUGGGCCAGGAAAUGUAAACUCACAACAACGGGCCCAUGGCAGGAAGUCCCACCCAUCCCGCUUUCUGAUGUCACUCUCCUGCCCUGUAUGGCUCAGGCCGAGCUGGAGUACGUGCCACUCUGGGCCAUCAGCAACAAGGGGGACGUCCUGUGUCGCCUCGAAGUCACCACGAAGACCCCAGCCGGGACGUCCUGGCUGCACGUGGGCACGGACCAGCCCUUUAAAUCCAUCUCCAUCGGGGGCGCUCACCAGGUGUGGGCCAUCGCCAGGGACGGCUCUGCCUUCUACCGGGGAUCGGUGUCCGCCCAGAACCCGGCAGGCGACUGCUGGUAUCACAUCCCCUCACCACCCGGCCAGAAGCUCAAACAGGUCUCUGUGGGAAGGACGUCUGUUUACACAGUGGAUGAAAACGGUAACCUGUGGUACAGACAGGGCCUCACACCCAGCUACCCACAGGGCUCUACGUGGGACCACAUCUCCAACAACGUACGCAAAGUAUCUGCUGGGCCCCUGGACCAGGUGUGGAUCAUAGCAGAUAAGGUGCAGGGCAGUCACAGCCUGAGCUGUGGGACAGUGUGUCACCGCCUCGGAGUGCAGCCCAUGGAACCCAAGGGCCAGUCCUGGGACUACGGCAUUGGGGGAGGCUGGGACCACAUCACUGUGAGGGGGAACUCUCUGGAGCCCACACGCUUCAGCAUGGCCGCCCUGGCCGAGAGCUCCGCCCCCCGCCCCGCCCCCCGCAGCCCGCUCACCGUCAGGAACCUGGAGAUGAAUGGAAACGCUGUGCGGUGUUAGAUCCCCCCAUUCUCUCCACUGUAGCUCACCCCCCAGCCUUUUCAAGGUAACCCCCCUCCCUGUUCAUGACAUCACUACGUCCCUCAAUUCCUGCUGACUCACUGUUGCCCUUGAUUCUGUAUCCUUGUUUUUCUCAUUUCCUUUUUUCUCUCCAUUGUCUCUUCAGUCCAGUCAGUUUUCUACUUUCCCGUCAUCAUCUCCCCCCAUCUGUUUUGAGACACUUCGAAAUCUUCUGUUUUCAUGGUUGUAGUUUUUUUUUGUAUUCCCUGAUAGAUUACUAGAGUUACUUUUAAAAUGUUGUGUUGUCACAUAUUUUGAUGUUGUGAAGUCACUUUUUAUGUUUGGUCUUACGUUUUCUGUUAAUUUAUUGACUUUUGUGUGUGGUUACUGCUGUCAUUUAUUAAUGUAGUUUCUUUUUUUUCUUUGAGUCGUGAGGUAUUUUAAUGCAAUACAAAUUAUUGCAACACCUCAAAUCUCUAUAAGAACAUAAAUCUAGAGCCGGCUACCCAAACACUAUGAACAUCUCCCUGAGCAUCACACAUGACCAGCGUAUGAUCAUCUCUCUGUUUCGCGAGCUCACUUCCUUUGUGACCUCAAACGCAUUAUUUAGAGUCAUGUCCACAUACUAGUUUGCUGAUGACUGUUUGGGGAUGCAGAGUGUGUUCUGUGUGACGUGGAGCUUCUCUAACGCAGUGUUUAAAUGAAGUGAGAAAGCACAGCAGGAGUGUUGCUCAGUGCCGUGGAUGCACACCAAGCCCUGAGUUACUGCGCGAGGCGAGAGUAGCCAGGCCUGGCCUUGGAGUACCACUGAUUUUUUCCCCCAGAUCUUUGCUCCAGCAGAACCCAUAACUACAUAUUAAUCAUUGGGUUUGAUGCAGGGCCGUGAUUCAGCGCUGGAGGUAUCUGUGUCUCGCCAUUCAGAAUCAGAAUGUUCAAGCUCAGAUUUUGAAUGAUCAAUCAAACUGUGCAAUCAAGCUCAAAAUCAUAAAGAUCUGUGGCGCUGCAGGACCAGGCCUGCCUACCCUUGAUAUAAAGAAUGUAAAGCACGGCCUUCAUUCCUGCCUGAAGGUUUACUGUGAGAGCCGUGAAUGCCAGUUGCUGGCGACGGGUAUCUUUUUUUUUUUGUACUAGGCCUGCUAAAGUUGGAGGGAACCUAUUAUAGUGGAUAAUGAAAACUGCAAUGCAUCAAAACCAUUUGUGUGCAGCAAUGGAGAAUCUUUUGUUAGGAGUGGAAUAUAUUUUGCUGAACUUUCCUUUGCUGGUUUGUACUUGAUGAAUUAGCCACCAUAAGCACAUGGACGUUUUCUCUGUCGGUGGUCACAUUCAUAGAUUUAUCAAACUCUAAUGUGACUGUCAAAGCCAUUUAUUGUUUUGACAGGUGAUAUGCACAGUAUAAGGUGGAGAAGAAUUGGUGGUGGAAAGGUUAGAUUUUUUCAAUGGUUGUUCUAGUGAAGCUUAAAUGCAAAUCGGUUUCUUUCUCAGGAAAACAUAACACCCCAAAUCUCUCUGUCUGCAUGUCACUGUACUGUAUUUGUUAUUUUAACAUAACUGAAAAGGCUCUAAAGGUGUUGUGUUUAUUAAAAAGGAAAUCUGUAUGUUUGGCAGUUAAAAUAUGUAUAUAAUAUUGUUUACCCAUUCCUGAAAUGAAAGAAAAAUAUUGAUUUUUUUAAAGCACUUUGAGGUUUUCACUGAUGGUGAGUGAUGGUGUGGAGCAGAACUGUGUACUUUAGACAUGAUAUCAUGAUAAAAGAUUAUUACCCGUACUCUUCCUGUUCCAAACUUCUGGGUCAGUUUAAGUUUGCUUAUGUUCCAGAACGUUCCAGAAAGUUGUCUCGUUUUUGUAUAAAUAGCACCAUGCUACUGAUACCACCAAUACAAGCAUUUUGUAUUUAAUGCAAAAAGCUCCCUAUAGGCUGAAAUAUCUCUGCCCACGUUUAAAUGAGAUUUAUUGUUCUCACGUCAUUAUACUGUAUACCUAUAGGCAUUCCAGUCUGAAAUGUUUGUUUUAAGAUGGUCUUUUAAAUAUUAAAAUCUUUUAAAGAUUAUUUAACUUAUUUUAUUGACCAUAUAUGUAUUAGACAGUGAAAACCUGGCAUACUGGUACUGUACACCAGACUAUUAGAAUGUGUUGUGUAUAUUUCUUCCCAGUGUUUGCAUGGUCGGUGUCUUCUCAAUAAAUGUGUUUUAUUGAUA